GACAGCAGAAUAUGCGGGGUACAAUUUCCUUAUCGCAUGGAUCUCCCUGCCGACCCCCUAAGCGACUUAGUUGCUGCACUAGCGCGCUCAGCUGUGAGCUCUCGCGAUCGCUACCACACGCGCCGUUGAUGACAUGUAGCGCUGCCAAGCACACCCGAUUCGAGUAGUUCAGGCCGAUUGGCUCGCUAUCCGUGAAUCCGAGGAUCUGAGCGGAUUCCGUCCAACUUUAAGUCCGAGUAGAUUCCGUCGCAUUCCGAUCGGAUUCGGCCCGGCGAUGUUGAACCAUCCGUCGCGCGUGUCGUCGGCGACAGCAUGGACGUUGAAUGUCGUCAGCUCGGUCGCCAUCAUUCUCGUCAACAAGCAAGUCAUGACCGGCUACUCAUUCGUCUACGCCACCACUCUGAGCGGUCUGCACCUCUCCUUCGCCACUCUCGCCGGGCUCCUCUGCCUCUGCCUUGCGCGCUUCUUCCCUCCCCCCUCCCCUCCCUCCCCCGCUCCGCUGUCCUCCGCCUCUCUGCUCCCCUCUUCCGACCCCCCCCCGCCCCGAGCCCUGCGCUGCCGACAUGGGAGGUGAUUCGCUUCACUCUGCUCUCCAACGUCUGCGUUGCCUCCACCAACUUCGCCCUCCUCGCUAAUUCUGUUGGAUUUUACCAGAUCAGCCGUCUGGCCAUCAUUCCUCUCACCUGCGUGUUCGAGACCAGCUUACACGGCAAGGCCUACUCGCCCUGCACGCUGCUAUCCGUGCUGGUGGUGCUGCUGGGGGUGGCCGUAUGCACGGUCACCGACGUCACUGUCACUGCGGCCGGCCUUGCCGCAGCUGCUGCCGGAGCUGUCUCCACCUCACUGCAGCAGAUUUCAGUGGGCGAGUUGCAGCAGCGCUACGCACUGGACUCCUUCGACCUCCUCAUUCGGACCGCUUACCUCCUCAUACAUCUCCUCUCCCAUCGGUGGGCGAGUUGCAGGCAGCGGUACGCCCUGGGCUCGUUUGACCUCCUCACUCAGACCGCCCCCCUGCAAGCUGCCUCCCUGCUACUGCUGGGACCCGCUGUGGACUUCCUCCUUACAAGCCAAAGCGUUUUCCACUACACUCUCACCAUCGAUGCCACUGCGUGCAUCCUCCUCUCAUGCAUCCUCGCCCUGCUCACCACAGUCAGCGUGUACCUGUGCAUAGGAAAGUUUUCAGCAGUGUCGUUCCAGGUGCUGGGCCACAUGAAGACCAUCGCCAUUCUCCUGCUGGGCUGGGCCGUCUUCAAAGACCCCCUCACUCCCAAGGUGCUGUUUGGUAUGCUGCUAGCCGUUGCAGGGAUGGUGCUCUAUAGCUGGUCCGUGGAGUGGGAGAGGCGGGAGAGGAGGGAGAGGGAAGAGGGGGGGGAUGAGGAGGAUGGGUCUGGAGCAAUUGGUGAGGGGGGUGCACCAGCAGGGGUGUUGGUGGGAGUGUAGGUACACCUAGAAUGAAUGGGACUACACCUUUACUGCAAACAGAAAAGGGUAAUAGUGGGUAUGGAUGUGGGCUAAAUAGUGUUGCUACAAGCAGCGUUGGUACGACGAGCAAUGCUGAACAAGAAGGAUGACUAUGUCGCAGAUGUAUGUUCUACUGGCGUUUGUAAGGCCACCUGAUAGGCAGCAAGAGUCAAGAGACAUUUGAUGCUGCCACGGACUUCAAAACGCAUUUCAGGGACGACUGGAGGAGCCGGGGGAGGCUUUGAGCCAUUCCUUAAGAUGACUGGGACGCUUCUACAACGAGCACCCAGUCUUGAAUGCUGAGGAGAACCUUGAAAUGGCAGGGUGGCUACAGUAUGGCCUGGUCUGGUCAUGGCACAGAGCUCAGUCAGCGCAUGUGCAAGGUCUAACCGUUGUUGUUGCCAUUGUUGUUUAAUUGGUUAUACGGUAAGCUCUAACGUGGCCUAGUGGAUUCUUAUUUCCAAGCAUUGUGAUACACUAGCACCUUGAUGCCAUGGCUGUAU